AUGACUGAAGUAGGGGGGAUACAGCUUAGAGCAGUGAGCACAGUAGGUGGGGGACAGCCCAGAGAGGUGAGUGGAGUGGGGGGGACACAGGCCAGAGAGGUGAGUGGAGUGGGGGGGACACAGCACAGAGCAGUAAGCGGAGCCGCAACCGCCCAGAUAGCGGAGGACGACAAAAAGUUUAAGACGUACGACGAUUUGCCUGGACCGUCCCUGCUCACCAGCCUCUACUGGUUCUUCAUCAGAGGAUACCUGCUCUAUACACAUGAAUUACAGCUGGUUUUCAAGAAGCGUUACGGCAGUUGGUUUAAAUCGACCAUCGGCAAAUUCAAAAUGGUGAACAUAGCCGACCCGGCCCUCUUGGAAAAGCUGCUGCGACAGGAGGGCAAAUAUCCGAUGAGGAACGAGAUCGACCUGUGGAAGAUCCACCGAGACAUGCGCAGUCUGUCCUACGGGCCGUUCACUGAGCAAGGACAAAGAUGGCACGCCCUGCGCACCGUCCUGAACAAGAGGAUGCUGAAACCGUCCGAAGCCAAGAGCUACGCCGGGAGCAUCAACAACAUUGUGACAGACUUGGUAGUCAGGCUGCAGGACCUGCGGGAAGAGAGCCCCAGCGGCGACAUGGUCAAGGACGUGGCCAAUGAGUUCUAUCGAUUCGCUCUUGAAGGAGUCUCCUAUAUCGUGUUUGAGACCCGGAUUGGAUGUCUGAAUAAGCAGAUCCCCGCAGAGACUCAGAGGUUUAUCAAUUCAAUCGCCGAGAUGCUGAGGAAUUCCGUCUACUCCUCUUACCUACCCGAUUGGACCAGAGGAGUCCUACCGUAUUGGAAGGCUUACAUAGAAGGCUGGGAUAGAAUCUUUGAUUUUGGAAAGAAGCUGAUUGAUAAGAAGAUGAAUGAUAUCCAGGAAAGGUUGGACAGGGGAGACGAGGUCCAGGGGGAGUACCUGACCUACCUUCUGUCCAACGGACAACUGACCAUGGACGAGGUGUACGGCAGUGUGUGCGAGCUGCUGCUGGCCGGCGUGGACACUACAUCCAACACGUUAACCUGGUCUCUCUAUCACUUGGCAAGAGACCCCGAGCUCCAGCAAACCCUGUACCAGGAGAUCAUAAAGGUGGCUCCAUUAAAUAGGACACCCACCGCAGACGAUAUCGCCCAUAUGCCCCUGCUGAGGGCUGUCAUCAAAGAGACCCUGCGGUUGUAUCCUGUUAUUCCGACCAAUGCAAGAAUCAUCACUGACAAGGAGGUGGUCCUUGAAGGUUACAAAUUCCCCAAGAGAACACUCUUCGUCUUAUACCAUUACGCCAUCUGCAGGGACGAAGCCCAAUUCCCGGAUCCAGAGAAGUUUAAUCCUCGGCGGUGGCUGCGGGAUGAAGGGAAGACCUAUCACCCAUUCACUGCCAUUCCUUUCGGCUAUGGGGUGCGAGCCUGCGUGGGCAAGAGAAUCGCCGAGCUGGAGAUGCAUCUGGCACUUUCAAGGGUUAUCCGGAUGUUCGAGGUUAAACCUGAUCCUAAACUGGGAAAUGUAAAAACAAUUGCGCGUGUCGUCCUGUCAGCAAACCGGCCCAUAAACCUGAGGUUCUUAGAGAGGAAAUCUGCUUAACGUGCUU